AUGGCCACCGGCGAGGUGUUGGCCAACCGGAGGGACCUCCCGGUCGUAGAUCUUUCCAGUACCGAUUCCGCCGCGCGAUCCUCCGCCGAACAGGCCAAGAGCGCCUCCGACGGCCAUGCGCCGAGCGUGCACGACGACAGCGACGACCAAAUCGACAACGCCUCCCUGUACGAGGAGUUCCUGGACGAGGUCGACCCCUUCGACCUGGAGAGCGGCCCCGAUGUCUGCACCGUGCAAGAGACCAGAGCGUACAGGAAGCGCCUGCGCGAGGUUGGCGCCGGCCCCUUCGUGUACGAGACCGUCACAACCGGCAAAGUCUCCGCCAAAAAGCUAUGCACCGCCUUCGGCAUCAAACCCCCCAGCUUCCUGGAAGGCGCGCCCGACAGCUCCUAUUACCAGCUGCUAGGCCUGGCGAUUGCCAGGGAACUCUCCAAGAGGCACCGUCUGCCAGAGUACUCGACCAUCGAAGAUGCCGCCCGCCUCCUGCAAAAAAGCAAAAACAUCAUGGUCAUCACAGGCGCAGGCAUAUCGACUAGCUUAGGCAUCCCCGACUUCCGUUCCAGAAACACGGGUUUCUAUUCGAAACUCCGCGAGAUGGGCUUCGAGGACCCGGAGCAAGUCUUUGACAUACACAACUUCGACGAAGACCCUACAAUAUUCUAUAAACUGGCGGGCGACAUCCUCCCAGAUCUCUACAACUGGACUCCCACCCACGAAUUCAUCCAUCUUCUGCAACAAAAGGGAAAACUUCUCACCAAUUAUACCCAAAACAUCGAUAACCUGGAAAGCCACGCCGGAAUAGAUCCGGAAAAACUGGUGCAAUGCCACGGCUCAUGGGCGACUGCCACCUGCCGCAAAUGCGGCCAUCAGAUUCCUGGAGAAGAGAUAUUCGCGAACAUCCGCGAGCAAAAGGUGGCCGAGUGCAAGGAGUGCAUUCGCCAACUGGCAGUCCCCCGGCCUGGCAUGAAGAGAAAGCGAAGUUCAAAUGGCGGCUCCCGCAAGAAAAGGCAAAGUGAUGACGACGACGACUCUGAUGGCCAGUACGACAUUCCUCAGCCCGGAGUCAUGAAACCGGACAUUACGUUUUUCGGCGAAGGCCUUCCGAAGCGCUUCUUUUCCCGCCUUAAAGACCACGACAAGGAUGUCACAGAUCUUGUCAUUGUCAUUGGGACCUCCAUGAAAGUCGCCCCGGUCUCCGAAGUCCCUCAAAUUCUGUCGCCUGAUGUGCCGCAAAUCUACAUUUCUCGAGAUCCCAUUCGCCAUAUCGACUUUGAUGUCAAUCUGCUAGGUGAUUGUGAUGUUGUUGUGGCCGAACUGUGUCGCCUCGCGGGGUGGAAGCUGGAACACAAAAUGAUUCCAGAGGGUCUCAGGGCCGAAAUCGAUGCCGUCGAGACAAACGAUGAUGAGAAACACACAUGGAAGGUUUCUCUACCCGAAAGCACUGGUUCCGACAAGGUCCUUGUGGUCAAGCCGGAAGAGGCCAAGCUCGAGGAGACUGAUUCCGAAAAGAUCAAGUCUGAGGAUCCUGCCUGA